AUGGCGAGUCGCUGCGCGCGCAAGAGCUCGAGUCUGCGGGCCGCCAAGCGCUGGCUCGCGGACGAGAUGGAGAUCAUGGAGGCGCUGGCCGCCACGCGCCGCGUGCGCCCCAUCGACACACAGGCCAGCAAGCAGAAGCUGCGCAUGCUCAGCGAGUUCUUCCCCACCGUGGCCGUGGACGUGCGCCGCGACGUGCUGGUGGCCGCCAACUACCGCGAGGACGUGGCGGCGGCCAUGCUGGGCGACCUGGCGCAGGAGCCGCCGUCCGCCGCCGCCGCUGCUGCUGCGCGCUCGCAGGACUCCCCCGAGCUGCUGUUCGUGGACUUGCACGCGGACGACGACGACGCCUCGGAGCUCGCGGACGAGGAGGACUGGAGCGAGGUCGCGGCCGCCAGCAACGGCACCGACGCGUGGGUCGUGAUCCAGGACGACUGGGAGGUCGUGGACAAGGACGGAGAGAAGGUGCGCACCUUCGCCGACGUCCUGCAGACAGCUCCCGCUCCGGCGUCGCCGCUGCCAGCGACGGUCACUACAAAGCAGCCGGCGCUGCUGUCGCGUCUCUCCAUUGUGGAGCGCGCCCCUGUACCCAGCCGCACGUUGAAGACGGCGGAGAGCGACCGGGCGCUGCCGGUCUACGAGCUGGAGCGUGGCGUCAAGUCAUUCGGCGCGCGGAAGCGCCACCUGCUCAAGCACCGUCGGUAG